CAAGGCUGUCCACUCGACUCUUUCCAGACUUGACUGUUUCCUGCGAACCUCUCCCUUCAUCAGUACGGAAUUUUGUCCCAGAAAACCCACACGGCUUCUCUGGAGAGGCCUCGUGCAAAAUGCCCAUCAACCAACCCUCAAAUCAGAUCAAGUUCACCAAUGUAUCAGUGGUCAGACUAAAAAAAGGCAAAAAGCGAUUUGAACUCGCCUGCUACAAGAACAAACUACUAGAAUACCGCUCUGGCGCCGAGAAAGACCUCGACAAUGUCCUCCAAGUCCCCACGAUCUUCCUAUCCGUGUCGAAAGCGCAAACUGCCCCGUCCGCCGAGUUAACCAAGGCCUUCGGAGCCAACACCCCCGCCGAUGAGAUCCGUCAAGAGAUUCUACGAAAGGGCGAAGUGCAAGUCGGCGAGCGUGAGCGGAAAGAAAUCAUCGAGCGAGUCGAGAAGGAGAUGCUGGAUAUUGUGUCGGGGCGGCUGGUCGACCCCACGACGAAACGAGUCUACACGCCGGGGAUGAUCUCCAAGGCGCUGGACCAGCUGAGUUCGGCCAGUGGACAGCAGCAGACUCAGGUUCAGCCUACGAAUGGCGAGACAAAUGGAGCGGAGGAGGAGGCUAAACCGCGGAAGCCGCUGUGGACGGGCGUGUCUGCGACUAAAUCGGCGAAGAGUCAGGCCCUCGAGGCCAUGAAGGCGCUCAUCGCCUGGCAGCCGAUUCCGGUGAUGCGGGCGCGCAUGCGCCUCCGUGUCACCUGUCCGGUGUCUCUUCUGAAGCAGAGUGUCAAGGGCGGAGCGGUCGCUGGUGCCGCUGGUGGCAAAGAGAAGGAGGCACCGCCUAAGGGCGCCUCAAAGGGCAACAAGAAGGGUGGAAAGGGGUCUAAGAAGUCACGUCAACAGGAGUCCGACGACGAAGCCGCUGGAUCCGAUGCGGAGGCGGCCCCAGCUAAAGGCCCGGGCAACGUGAAGGACAAGAUCCUUAGCUACAUCGAAUCGAUUGAGGCCCAAGAGGUGGUCGGUGGGGAUGAGUGGGAGGUCGUUGGUUUCGCGGAACCGGGGGCAUUCAAGGGUCUGAAUGACUUUGUGGGCACCGAGACACGGGGCAGAGGACGUGUGGAGGUGUUGGAUAUGACGGUCACCCACGAGGAGUAAGCUUGAGGAUUACUUCGGGGAUUGAACGGAUGGUUUCAUGUAUAGAUGGCCGGGGGCCCUGAUAUGAUUGAUGACUCGGAAUACCAGGAAUGUACGAAGCAAUGCGAUACCUUACAGUCUGUGGCUGAUACCUGCCAUGCGGUUCC